AUAUAAUGCGAUCGCCUUUUCUUGUUUCAGUCCGCAGCGAGACGUUGAGCUGCGCAGUUGUGCACUGGACGUUGUAGCCUUGUGUGUCACACGUACAUACAUACAUACAUGUACAAAUGUAGAUCGAGUGUAACUGUAAGGAAGCAUGGCUGCUUCCCUAGUCACCACCAGUCGAAGAGUGCUCAUAGAGACGGAGCCCAUGGACCAUCAUCAUCACCAUCGCCAGCCGCAAUCCUUCGGGCAUCCCGCCAGGAUGUACCCGCAAAUUACGUCCGACAUACUCUCGCCACCUUUUUCACCCACUGAUGCCAUGGAAAUGCCGCUGGUCAAGGAGCUUCUGGCUCGCAAUGAACAUACAAAUCUACCCGACGGAACCGUACUCUGUGUGCCCUGCUACCUGUGCAAACAGCCCUUCAAUGACAUUGAAGCCUUCAAGGUGCACCUCACCCAACAUGCGGCGGAUAUCCAUGCCCAGAAUACAACGCGUUCGCAGGAGGAGGAACGUCCACCGAUGAUGAAAGCCGUGGUUCCGCCCAUGAAUCAGCGGUUCGUGCAUCCCAUAGAUAAGCUCCAUUUCCAUUCCAUCGAUCAAGGGGCCAUGGAUUACCAUCACUAUUGCAAUCCUUACUCACCGCCUCUGGAACCACACAUGCCGUUUCAAAUGCCAGUGGUUCAUAAGCAUCCGAUUCAGCCACCUCCCAUGCACUUAACCGUUCAACACACAAAUUAUGAGCCACCAUUGCAGUUUUCAGGAUAUCGGCCAGUCGAACUGUCCGAAAAACUUCCAAUGUCACCGCACUCUCCUCUGAUGUUUCCUGCUCAACCAAUGAUCAGCGACAUUCCAGGCAAAGCACAUGCUCCGCUAGAAGUGGAAAACUUUUGUGCGCCGGAAACAAUGUGCAGAUCGGUGGAGGAACCAACGGUCUUGGUAAAUCCCCCAUCUCAGGCACCAGAUCCGACACUGGAUGCGGGUGCAUUGAUGUCCAGAUCGUCGGUGCUGACCAAACCCCCAAAUGCAAGACCCCCGGCUUUCAAUCGAGGUCAGUUCGUGUGCGCUUGGUGUGGGAAAAAAUUGAGCACCCGCCAGUCGCUAAGAUACCACGAGAGCCACUUCCAUGGUGAGGCAGAGCCGGCUGCGAAUCGGAUAGAGAAGGAUAUGUCGAAGCAGCACAAGUGCUCCACAUGCAAGAAACGCUACAAGCGGAGGACCUUCCUUCUGAUGCACAUGAAAGUCAAACACGGGAUUAUUUGCCUUGGGAGGACUGCUGCCGAUCCCGAGUCUCCAAUAUCUGUAGAUUCGCCUGCGUCCCCGGAGGCUCCUGUCCCCCCAAAGUCGUCGGCGGACGAGACACCGAAAAAGGAGAUAUGGAGCACAAGAAUAUUCAACGCUGUGGCGGCAGCCAGAUAUCAACCGGCCAGCGAGCGGGCGGACAAGUAUCUGGUUGCGCCACGUCAGCAAACCGAGCAGUUGGAAUCGGGUCAUACGAUCACGUCUAAGCGGACGUAUCCACUCCGUUCGCCCUUCUUCAAUCCGGAUCUAUGGCUGGACUGCGAUGCAUACUCAUAGAGAGAACUUGGCUGGAUUUUAUGCUACUUGGAGUAUCAAAAAGUCGAGCUUAUAUGAUAGCCAAUGUCGUCCUAAAGCGGCUGUGUCAGCCAAGCUGAACGACCGACUGCAUUAGUUUUGUUAUAUGAACUGAAAAAUAUCACUUCGUUUCAUGGAGCUUUUGAGUAUGUACAAUGUACGUACAUAUGUAUUGAAAAUCAUGGAUACAAAUCGCUCUCGCAAGCGAUCUAUUCUGUGACCUCAGCACUUUGGAUCUCGACGUCGAAAUCCCCAAAGGCACAUCCGUAAACUUUUUGUCAUAAUAAACAAAAUAAAAACGCUGAGCAAGAAAUGAAUUUUAACAAUCGGGCGCUCAAAUUAUGCCUGUUAUGCUGUACGUUGUU